ACAUUUAGUUGGCUGCGAUAAAACAGUACACUAUAAAUUACAAGUGAAGGGAGAGGUAAUCUAAAUUGAAAGCAUGGAAUCCUUCAGCGUGCCAGAAGUAGACAUGAUGACCGUGUCCAAGAACUCGCAAUACGAGCGGGAGUGGCUCCUAAAGUUCGCCCCGCCCGUUGGACUGACAAACAUCAGCUACGGCGGCCUGUACAAGGUAGACUCGUUUUAUCUGGAGUGCCAGAAGUACCGUGACCAGUUCCGCGAUCCCUACAACAAGCUGCUGCGCCCCAAGAUGUUCAGCACGUUUAGGGGCAAAUGCGGCAUAAAAAUAGAUCCCGAGCUGGAGCGGCUGAAGCGACCCGCGGCCUCGCAUGCGGAGCGCAUUCCGGUGGUGUACCCGAUGGAGUACGGGCGGCAGAUGGACUUCGACAGGGGUUUCCAGAUGGAGGGAAGAAACAGCAGGGCCUGCGCCACCGCCCGAAGGUAUCCGUGUGUGCGUGUUCUGGGCAGGUAAAAGACUCCUGAGAACACCUUUCGAUCAAAAUUGUCAGUUUGAGUUUUGUUUGCUCGCAAAUUAAACCAUCUUUGGAGUCUG